CGGCAAUUGACGUGGUGGCAUUAGCGCCCCCUUGCCUCAACCAAUUGAUUACCGAGUGUGGCUGUGGCGUGGUGGUUGGAAAUGCAUAUCGUCUUCGCCGUGACAACUUUGCUCGCUGUUGAAAGCGUCCGCGACCUGCUCCAAGACCUCUUUGCCUCGCUCUCGAACGUCUUCUUCGAAAACAUGUCGUGCGUCAUUUCCAGCGUCGUCGUCUUCGGCAUCCUCGCCAAGUUGCUCGGCAAGAGCGACAGCAAGGACGUCUCGAAGAAGCAAGGCGCGUAUGGAUCCAUCCCGAUCCACAAAGAAAGCAAGCUCGCGCAGCUGUCCCAUCCGUGGGAAGUUGUCGCGGCUGUCAAGAUGCUGCUCAAGAACAAGCUUGCCGGCCCCAAACAAUUGCCUGCCAACUUGAACGCAGACGACACGUGGUGCUUUAAAAUGGUGAAGAAGGUCAGCCGCAGUUUUGCCAUGGUGAUCAUCAACCUCCCCGAACAACUGCGCUUGUCCAUAUGCAUCUUCUACUUGGCGCUGCGUGCGCUGGAUACGGUCGAAGACGACAUGAAGCGCAUCGACAGCAAGACAAAGAUCAAGAUGCUGCACGAAUUCCACGAAAAGUUGUACGACUCCAAGCUGUCAAUUCACGGCAUUGGCGAAGGCGACGAAGCCACGGUGCUAGAGCAGAUCGCAGCCAUGAACCGAUCGUUUGCAUCGUUGCCUGUGUCGCACCAGGAAAUUAUCGCCGACAUCACCAAGAAGAUGGGAGCCGGGAUGGCUGAGUUUGUUGAAGUCGAUAUGGGCCAAGGCACGGUGCGCACCUCUGACUACGACAAAUAUUGCUAUUACGUUGCUGGGCUCGUCGGCGAAGGGCUGAGUCGUCUUUUUUCUGCCAGUGGGCUGGAAGCGCCGUCGGUCGGGUCCCUCACCACACUCAGCAACUCGAUGGGGUCGUUUUUGCAAAAGGUUAACAUCAUCCGCGACUACUUAGAAGAUUUUGUCGAAGGUCGUACGUUCUGGCCCCAAGAAAUUUGGAAAAAACACAUGAGCAACCUCGGUGACAUGCGCGACCCGGCCAAGCAACCUGCGAGCCUCGAAUGCUUGAACGAGAUGGUGUUUGAUGCACUUCGCCACAUCCCCGACUGCAUGACGUACCUCAGCGGCAUCCGCCACCCGGACGUGUUUUUCUUUUGCGCGAUGCCGCAGGUCAUGGCGGCGGCCACCCUCGCCAAGUUGUACAACAACCCACUUGUAUUCACGGGCGUCGUCAAAGUCCGCAAGGGCACGGCUGCUUUCCUGUUUGAACACGCUACGUCCAUGCCCAAGGUCCGUGGCAUGUUCAGCAACUACGUCCAGGACAUCCAGGCGAACGGGACUCACACACCGGGUCGCCAGGCUGUCCUCGACCGUGCCCUGCAAGCAAUCCACAGCGAUGUGCUCGAGAUGCCAAACAUGAGCGGCAUCGCGUUUUUUGCGUUCUUUGCCCUCCUGGGGUCCCUCGGGUACCUCAUCUCGUCGAACGGCUUUGUAUUGCCGCCCCUGACGUCGUCGUUUGACGUUGGCAUGGUUGCUGUCGUGUUUGCCAGUGUUGCGCUGCUCCUGUCGUUUGGUUUUUCGCCGUUUGUCGAGAUGGAGCAGACCAAAUCGACGAAAAAGACGGACUAACGACCACUUGUAUAACAAUAACAAAACACCAUUUGUGGACCAUGGACCAUGUUGCU